GUUGGAGCUUCAAUAAGAGUUGAACAGUCAUGGUGCGAAGUCGGGUGAAUGAGGAGCAUUGAAGCAAUAUUUGAGCGCUUAUGAAGCCGCCGGCAGUCGCGUGUUUAUAUCGUACCGUAUAAAGAGGAAAGUUAAAGACAAGCAUUUCGGCCGAAGUCGCUGGUCAUCUUGUUCGUCUUUUUGUCACCUAGAACUGCUGCUGUUCGAUGUCUUCGACGGAGGGGAAGAGCCGUCCAUUGAAUACAGCGGAAGGCUUUAUUCUCGGUGGCAUCGCAGCAUGCGUGGCGGUGACGUUCUCAAACCCUGCUGACGUCGCUAAGACGCGUCUUCAGUUGCAAGGUGAACUUGCGAAGAGUGGUGGUGAAAAGGUGUACAAGAACGUAUUUGACGUGUUCAUCAAGACAUGGCGGCAUGAAGGCUUGAGAGGCGUCCAGAGAGGCCUAGGACCGGCUUAUUGUUACCAAGUAUUGCUAAAUGGAUCCCGUCUGGGCUUUUAUGAGCCUUUCCGACACGCUCUAAAUCGCGCGUUUGGGGUAAAUCCCUCGACCCACGUGCCUGUUACCUCCCUAAUGGCAGGCGCUGCAAGUGGAGCCAUCGGCGCGAUUCUUGGAAACCCGCUUUUUAUGGUCAAGGCACGAAUACAGGCGUUCUCCCCUGCAUUACCCGUGGGCGCACAACAUUAUUACAAACAUUCAUGGGACGCGUUAUCCACAAUCUUCCGGCAGCAAGGAUGGCGUGGCCUCGUGCGUGGUGUUGAUGCUGCUGUAUUACGAACGUCCAUGGGGUCGUCGGUUCAACUGCCGACGUACAACUGGACUAAGAAUCAACUAAUAGAUCAUGGUAUAUCUUCCCCAAACAGCAUCUGGACCUAUCUCGCAAGUAGCUCAGUUUCUGGUGUCUGUGUCCUCAUAAUGAUGCAACCUGCUGAUACCACAUUAACUCGGAUGUAUAACCAACCUACAAGAGUUCUGCCGAACGGCAAACAUGUCGGUGUUUUGUACAAGAAUCCCAUAGAUUGUCUCUGGAAGACAGCCAAAGCUGAAGGAGUCACUGGAUGGUACAAAGGCUCUACCGCUCAUUUUUUGCGUAUCGCCCCUCACACGAUCAUUACGCUGACUGCUAAUGACAUUAUCAUCAACCUGUAUAAGAAACUACGGGAUGGUGACGAUUCUUAAUUUUGGUUUUCUUGGGAAUAUCAUUGUGACCUAGACUAACUGUAUACCAACCUAAUGUUCUGUUAGAUUCAAGUUCCAUUUAAGUGGUACAUGUACAUAAGACUUGGGCUAGACUCAAACUGAGCAUAUACAAUUAGCUUGAGGAACUCCCUCGCGACUGUCUAGAAACUGAAAUU